AUGAUCAGCACGUUGGCGUCUAGGCCCGCGCCGAACGCCAAGGUGCUGCGCGGCCCGCUCUGCCUCUCGCGCGCGGCCAGCAGGAGCGCCCAGGAGCCCAGCGGGCACCCAGGCGCUCGCGCUGGGCGGCCCGCGUGGGAGGCAUCGCUGGCGCUGCUGCGGGCGCCGAGGCCCGACUUGGCGCUGCAGUUCGGCACGCGCAGCCGCAUGGUCGCGCUUGCACUGCAGGUGAACGCGGCGAGCUUCACAGUUGCAAUCUCCGCCUGCCGAAGUGGCAAGGCCGGGCGCUUGGCGCUUGGCCUGCUUGGUCGGAUGCGGCGGCGCCGGUUCGCAUCUGGCGUGGUCGCCUUCGGUGCCGCCAUCGCUGCCUGCGGUCGCGCGUCGCAGUGGUUGCGUGCGUGCUCCUUGUUGCGCGGAAUGCCAACUCGAGGAGUUUUGCCUUCAAGCAUUGCGUACAACUCCACCAUUUCAGCCUGCGGACGUGGAAGCCAGUGGGCGAUUGCCCUGGCGGUGUACUCCGACAUGCGUGCUUGCGCAGCCGCCCCGACCUCGGUGACAUGUAGCUCACUGGUCGACGCUUGCGCCAGAGGCACGGCGUGGACUUCUGCUAUCGCGCUGCUUGCAGCCGCGGUGCCCCGUCACCUCAGCGCCGCAGCCUUUGGCGCUGCCAUCAGCGCGUGCGAAGCAGCGGUCCAAUGGGAGUAUGCGUUGCUCGCUCUGAGCUCCAUGGAGUUGGCCCUCAUCCAGCCAGAUGCCGCCGCCUUCAGUGCCGCCAUCUCUGCAUGUGAGAAGGCGCGGCGCUGGCAGCCCGCCGUCGCACUGCUCGCUGACAUGGAGGGGGGGCGCCUCGAUCCCAGCCUCUGGGCCUUCAAUGCCGGCAUUGCGGCCUGCGCCCACAGGGCACGCUGGCGCAUGGCGCUGUGGCUGCUCACCGACAUGGGCCUCGCCAGGUGGGCUCCCGACGUACUGAGCAGGGACGCAGCGGCGGUCGCUUGCGAGGUGGCCGGCGCUUCGCCGCGAGGCCUCCUCUUGCGCGACACCAUCGGGCGGCAUGGCGCUCUGUGGGCCAGCCGCGGUGGCGGCUUCUCCGCGGCCAGCGCGCACUCUGCGGGCCGCCGCGCCGGCCUAGGGGCACAGUCCUUCGCCGCCUGGCAAGCGGUGCUUCUUGCCGAAGCGAUCCACGGACAGUGCGGCAUGCCCGUCGGAGGCGGCGCGCGCGCCGCUGCUGCUGGCAUGGUGACCGCGCGGGGGCGACGCCGCCAGGAUGGCUUCUAA